AUGGCUAUUCUAAAAUACAUUGCUUUGACUUCCACUACUGGAAUUCUACCUGUUCUAUCUCAUUUUGUAGUACCAAUACCAUAAUUCUUAUAUGGGAUAUUAGGAUUAAUAGCAGUUGGAAUAUCAGUAUUCUUAUGGGCAUAAUCGCGUUGGGAAUCAGCUUAACCAAAUGAAUGGUUACUUUUAAUUGAAAACGGAUAAUUAAAGAAAGCUGGAAUUGGUUUGUAGUGUUUUAGGGGAUUAACAUAAUCAGUAGUAAAAAUGAAGAGUGCUAUACAUAAAGUUAAUUUUGAUGCAAAUCAUGUAUCUAAGGAAAUGUAAGGAAUAACUGUAAGAGGAAUGACAAUAUGGGAAGUAGACCCUGAAAAAGAUGGUCCUUUUGACUGCUAUAAAUAUACAUAAGACGGAAAAGCUGAUGAUAAUGUAAAAACAAUGUGUGAAAGUAUAUUAAGAAGUGCCUUAGCAAACUUAGAAUUAAAAAAAAUAAUGACUUCAAGGGAUGAUUUAAUAAACUAUAUGAAGAAAGAUCUCUAGAAAUAACUUAGCAAAUGGGGUAUAAGAUGCUAAACUAUAGAAAUUACAGAAAUAAGAGUAUGUUCUAAAAGUGUAUUCGAAGAUAUGUAGGCAGAAUUUAGAUAAGAAAAUAGACUUAAAUCAACUUAAAUAAAACUUGAAACUUAAGAAAAAAUGACCUUAAAUAAUGUCCAGGCUGAUAUUAAAAAUAACAAAAAUUAUUAUGAUGGAUUAUUAUAAAGAGAAACUGAGUCUAAAAAGUAAGAGUUCAAUAGAAAAAAAUAAGAACUAAAUAUUUUCGAAAAAAACGUUGAAAUCCUUAAAAGUAAAAGUAAUGCUGAGAAAGAAAUCGAAAUGAAAUAAAUAGAGGAAAAUCAUAAGAUACAGUUACAAGAAAUCAAAAAUGAAAAUGAAUAGAAAUUACUUAAAGCUAAAGAAAGAAUCGAAUAAUAAAAGAAACAAUUAGAAAUCGAGAAAGAAAUGAAUGAAACUAACUUUCAAAAAUAUUAAAUCGACUCAAAUAAAAGAAUCAUUUAACACAUUGGUAUUAAAGGCUUUAAAUUUCAUAAUUAUGUUGAUGCUUCAAAAAGUAAUGAUAUGUCUAGCUACUUACCAGCUUUUGAUAAUUUAAAAUUUGUUUGA